AUGACUUCGACCAUCGGUAUCCCCAUCAAGCUUCUGAACGAGGCUCAGGGCCACAUUGUGACUCUUGAGAUCACCUCGGGCCAGACGUACCGCGGCAAGCUUCUGGAAGCCGAGGACAACAUGAACGUCCAGCUCAAGGACAUCACAGUGACGGCUCGUGACGGCCGUGUCAGCCAUCUCGACCAGGUCUACAUCCGCGGCAGCCACGUGCGCUUCUUCAUCGUCCCCGACAUGCUGAAGAACGCCCCCAUGUUCCGGAGUCGCAACGCCAGAGGCCGCGGUGUCGGUCUGGCCAGAGGAAGGGCCACGGUCAGCAGGGCGCGCGCCAGUGGACGCGGUGGCCCGAGAUAA